AUGAAGAAAAAAAAAGUGGUCAAGUUGAAGGAGGAGUACAUGCCGAAAGGGAACUACUUUAGCAAAGAUGCCCUAUUGACCAAUAUUUUCAUGCAGAGCGCGCAGAACGCCCUGUCGGAAGUCGAGUCGAAGAAUUCUCAGUUAAUUGUUAACUGUAUAAAUAAGUUGCACAAGAAAAAUCUACAAACUAAAUUGAAGGCCAUAAAUGAACUAAUUCAACACCUCAGCAAGUACGAUGAGGACGAAGUGAGUCACCUGUUUUCCUCCUUCAUUAGCGUGUACAAAAAAUUGAUAUAUCACCCGAACUAUGGCCUGAGGGAAAACCUGAACCUGUGCCUCAAGCUAUUUAUAGUGAAAGUUAAGACGAAGAUCAAGGCCCACCUGAGUGUGUUCUUGCCGCCACUCUUUGUGUCUCUCUUCGACUACAGCAAAAAUGUAAAAAACAUCGCAGGCGAAAUUUUGCUUAUCAUUUUUCCCCCCAAGGGGAAGACCCAAGAGUCGACAGGGGUGGAAGACGCAAUCAAGCAAAAUUCAGUGAAGGAAAAAAAAACGAAACCAGGAAAGAUACGCCUGCAGGAGGAACUCAAGCUGUACGGAGUGAUCAAAAAUUUGAAGGUGAAUUUGUCGAACCUGUAUAACUGUCUCAAGUAUGUUGGUGGCCCCCUGUCUGAGGAAGUCACACGAAAUUUGAAAAAUAAAAAGAACGAUGAGGAUUACGAUUAUGGUGUGUACCUCUUCAAUGUGGUUUGUUUUUAUCCGUCCCUCUUGUACAUGAUGGUGAGAAUUGCUAAGGGAUGUGACGACAAUGGGGGGAAGCCAACUCCCCCCGUGGAGGAGAACGAUGGAAUGGUCUCACGAAAUCAGAGAGACGUGAACUCAGUGAAACAAUUCAUCCGGAAGGAGUUCCCAGCCUUCGCAAGCACGUUUAACCUCUUUUUCAAUGCAGUAAACUCAAUUUACAAAGAAAAUAAAGACAACGAGCGGGUAAAGAAAAUGCUCUUCCUAUCAGUGUACAACAUUAUAUACUUGCUGAAGAAGUAUAAACUGAACUACUCCGAUUUUGAUGAAGAAGAAGCCAACAUAUCCAUCUUCAAUUAUAUUUCUUCCGUCAUUAGCAAUAAAGAUGAGUACAUCAUGAAACAUAUAAACCACUUGUUGCUGUUGUAUUUUUUUUCGGAAAAUAAAAAAAUGAUCAAUGAUAAUUUUCUGAAAAGUUACUUGUCCCUAAUUAAGCACAACAAAAAUGUGAAGAACGACAUUUUCAAUUAUAACAUUUCUUUGUUCAUUUUUAUUUUUGAAAAAAAUGACAUUCGAGAAUUUUUUUUCUUUUUUUUUUUUUUAUUUUUGUUUUUGCUUCUCCACGGCAUGUCGUCUUCGCUAGUUGUGUACUACGACCUGUUGCACCAUUUGCUUGGCUACUUCAGAGAGGAGGUAACCCAGGGGAGAAGCUUCAGCCAAGGUGACGAUGUGGGUGCACUGUACUCCCUUUCCGAAUCUGAUUGCUACACCGUACUCAGCGAAAGCAUCUUGCACCUGCCACUAGAAACGAUCCUUGCACAGAAAAUUGGAGCGACCUACAAAUGCUCAUUCGGGGGGGCACACCAUCUAUAUGAGGUCCUCUCCAACAUAUACUACUGCCACAAGAAGAAGCCAAGUAAAGGCGGUAAGGACAAGGAUCAGUUUGAAGAGCUGAAGAGGAAAAUAAUUGCGGAGAAACUGGAGGAGGCUAACUUCAUCCGUACCUAUAUCAACUUUAUCAAGUUAUCAAAAUGUACACACACAGUAGUACUCAGUUCUUUCGACAUGCUCAGUGAGUACACUGGCGACCUGGCAAAGGAAUUGGAGGCAGACCAUACGAUGGAAUGUGAAACACUCUUUCCCCCUUCGGGGGAAUCCCCUCAGUGUGUUCACAACCCUAGCUACAAGCACAAAUAUCACGGCGUGGUUGACUUCAUUCUGAAUCUUCUAACGGAACUGAAAGAGGUGGUGUUCCCACCAGGGGGAGAAGGGGAUAGUCUUGGACAUAUAACCAGCCAAAGCAAUGCACCUGUCAGGAUAGCCUUCAUUCGAACCUUAAAGUGCACCUUCAAAAUCGCCUGCCUUCUCGUGGAGGGAAGAAAUUACGAAGCUGUUGGAAUGGUGAAGAAACAUUGGAGGCUUCUGGAGUUUCUCUUGGCGCAGGGGGAAGUGGAAGACGAAGACCUUUCGCUAGAGAGGGUAUUUUGCGUCUUUAUGGACUUCAUGAAGUGGGGAAGAAUUGGGGAGAAGGAGAAACAAAAGCAGAAGAAGGAGAAGGAGAAGGAGAAAGUGAACUUUUCAGAAGAGGCAACGCAUGAGGGAGAUGCCCUGUUCAGCUCUCUGGACGUUAGUUUGAACCUCUUAUCAUUCAUUUGCUCCAAGGGGGGGAAGUCGUGUGAUGCUCUGGCGAGGUCCUUGCAGGAGGCACAUUUUGAAGCACCUCCAACUGAAGAAACUGUCGAGGAACAGCUAACCAUUUGUGUGAAGCUCAUCAAUUUUAUGAAGAAGGAACGCACCAAGUUUUUCGACCUCUCUAAAACAGCUCUGGAAAUAUACAGUUACUACCUUCUGCAGGAUGUAAGAGAUGAACGUGGUAUCCGAGGAAGAGGCGCAUCACUGAAGGCGUUUUAUGCCGCCGUGCAGAAGGACACAGAAAACUAUCCUAACCUCUUUGGAGAGGAGUUCUACCAAGGUGUAUUCCAUGCGUAUAAGAAAAAAAUGAACUUGAGUGGAUCCCUCCCGGAUGAAGAUUUUUCCGCUUUCUUCACCUCGUAUGCAAUGGGAAAAAGGGAGGAUAUUAUCCCACUGGAAGAUAUCCACCUACAUUUGUUGUUAGGAAUUCUCUUGAAUGUGAAAGACGAACAUGUAGAGAGAUGUAUAAAGGAGUUGUACAUGUCGUCAAGACUAAGUAAGGACAGUAUAUUAUCCUUCCUUCUGGUAAUGCGGGAUAUGUACAAAUGGUGUAGGGAGAACGAUGAUGAGGAGAAAACGGGAAAGUUGUGGUCCUCCUUCACAUCCACCGUGAAACUAUUUGAAGACGAUUGUAAUGAAAAUGAAAGUGAUGAUGAUGACACAAGUGAAGUGGGCGAGGGAGACCAUUUCAAGAUUGGUUUACUUGUGAGGAAUUCUUUGGUAAAGCUAACCUGCAUUGGUGAGGAGGAGGAAGAAGAAAACACGAACUGCGCCUUGCCUGACAACGAUUUGAAGAGGGAAGACGAAGAACAUCACGCAAAAGGAAACGUUCAACAGAAGAAGAGUGAAGAAGGAUUCUUGUUAUUACGCAGGAGGAAUAUCCUAAAUACGAAAUUCAUAGAGCGAAUGCUAAAUGUGUACAAACUAUACUAUCAAGUAGAAUGUUUUUCUGUUGGCCACUUGAAGGAAUUCACCAUGCUAUGCUUCGAUGAGACCACUCCAGUGGCAAGUGAGGAGAAGGUACACAAAAACCAAGUAUAUCCAUUCUGCACGUUCUACCAUUUUGCAUAUGCCAAUAUUAGGAGUAUAUCGUUGUUCUAUCACAUCGUUAGCUUAAGAGAUAAGAUAGAAACAUAUGAAGCGGAUGAAAUGGGAAUGUUGGAUCUGCUCAUUUAUGUGUAUAGAGAGUUGCAGAGGAAAAAGCGCAAGAAGAAAAUACCUGACAAGCAUGUGAGGAUAUCAGACUUGGUGUGUGUUAUGAAGCAGGUGAAUAAAUGGGACAUCUUCAACAUUUGUAGAGACAUACUAACGAAUCGAAGAACUAGUGGAGAAUUCUCUGUCGAUACGAUGAGGGAUAUCAUACGCGAGCUGAACAACUUUAAGGUGAAGAGUUUGUUCGACUUGCAGGUGAAAAUAUUCCUGUUUGAGGAGUGCCUCCUCUGCGAUGGAGGGACCUCUCACCUUUGUCAUGUUUGCGACAUUAACGGAGAUGGUGUUCCCAGGGGUGAUGUCCCAGAACGAGAUACGAAGCAAUACGAAGACGGAAUCGUCAAGUUGAAGGAGCGACUGCCGCGAGAUCUUCAUGCCUACGUGGAGAAGAACCUGUCCCUCAGCGUCAAAGGAGAGCUACCAUGCUUAAAUCUUUUGUACCACCUAAUUUGCAUUAGUAACAGAUACCCAGACGUUAAUCUGUUCGAGUAUACCAUCGUGAAGAGGAAGGUUCUUUUGGAGAUGGCCCUCCAGUAUGUUACUUGGAGCAACUUUGAUGUAUUCUUCUGUUGCCUUGGCUUUGUGAGGGGUGGCCUUCUCAAUGGUGAGGAAAGCAUAACCAACGAUAGAGAGAACAUGCCAAAGGAUGGAAAAGACACAACCAACGGUGUUCUCCCGAAUGAUAUCCCAACGAAGGAUGUCCCAACGAAGGAUGCCCCCCCGAGUGAAGCCCACCCCGUGGAGGAGGCCUUCCGCAAGUAUCUAACCACUCUGAAGAACUUCUACCGAAAAAUGCACGACGAGCAGAGCGCACUGCAUAGGCAGAAAUGGAAGACUCUAAAUGAGGCCUUAACAGGAAGUGACACUGGUAAGAAGGUACUUCCCCCUCUAGUUAACGGAAAACUAAACAUACAAAAAAGCAGAGAUAAAAAAAUGGAAGGCAAAAGAGAGUCUCACCAAUUAUUGCAUUCGAAGAUGGGUUUACAUUUUUUGAAGUACACAUAUAUGAAGUGUCAAAAGGAGAAAAAAGCAUACCUAUCUACUUUUAAGGAUAGAGACAAAAUCACAGCCAAUCUAGUGAAGCUUGUUUACUUCAUCCUCUCCAUUAGUUACCAUGACGAUGGAUUAGUGGAUUAUGAAAUUGUGACCAUGGCUAGACAAAUGCUCAAGCUGCUUAUACAGAUGGAUGAAAAAAAUAUUAAAUCCCUUUACAAGAUUUAUUUAUUCUCUCUUCCAGAUGGUGUUACUCACUUUUUCGACUACCUUACGACGGAUAUAUUUCUUCUAAAUGAAUUGAAGUUAAGUAGACAUGGGUUAUGCAAAUUGAUGAGAAAAAUACUGGAUCUUUAUGUAAACACUUAUUAUCUUUUUAUUCUCUUUUCAAAUGUAGAAAAAUGCAGAGAUAGCAAUUUUUUCAUUGACAGAACGAUGAGCAUUCUUAUCAUGAAUUACUUUUUUUUUUCUGAACUGCAUAAGUUGAGAGGUUCCCAUAUGUUUGCUUUUGGUGUGAUAAAUUCCUAUUUGCAUAUUAAUGAAGGGGGGAAGAACUUAUUUCUGCUUUCCGCUGCAGGGGAGGAGGUUGAUGGACAUGCCUGUCGGGUCUUAGGCGUGGAACGGGACGGGCAACACGACGUGGAAGCGGGUGCACCAGGUGUGGGAGUAACUACUAUGAGAAGUCACUCCAACAUGGAAUGUGGAGACUUGUGGAACCUCCCUGACGAUAGCGAUGAGGCCUUUUUGAGCGAACCUGUUGUGGACACCUCCAAAAAGAAGAGCAAGGAAUCCCCAGUAAGCGAACAGAAUGAAGUAAACAGAAAAGACACUCCAAACCGUAGUGGAGAGAGUAGUCCCACCUUGAGCCCAACCAAGGGGGUUCAAAAGAGCGAAGAAGAAACAUCACAAAGUCAUGGCAGUCGAAACGAUACUCCUCCAUCUGUACGUUUGUCUUCUCAAGGGAACCGCGCAAAGAGAGAUGAUAAUUCCAAAAAAAAAAUGAACCCGUUGUACGCAUUGAAGAAUCAACUGAAGAAUCCAUCUCUGCUAAUCGACCUUAACAAAAAUAUUAUGGAUUUGUAUUCCUUUGUCCUCGACUUAAAUUAUUUGAAAAUCCUUCUCUCUAUGUUAAACAUAUCUCUAUCCUCCGAGUAUUUUAUUUACGAGCCUGAAUUACACCAACAGUUCAUGGCCUUUGUGGAAAGUAACAAUUUAUGUGUUGGUGAUUUUUUGAGCGAUGUUAGGCGCGUUGGAAACAUCCUUGAGGAGGGCGCAGGUAAAAACAAGUGGGAAGGCAACUCAUCUGGAUGUAAUCAGUUGGACAAUCUUCCCUUCCCCUUUAAACACAGAAAAAAGUUCUACAUCUUUCUGCUGGCCCUGCAUCUUAUCCUACGCCUCAUAACGAUUUACCCGAACGAGUGUAUCACCAUAACGAACGAAGCAAAGUUACAUGACAUUGUAAAUUUCAACAGAAUUCUCUUCUCAAAUAUAAUUAUUGCGAACCAGAUAAACGAAUUGAGAUUCAUUUCCACUGAGUACAUUAACACCACGUUCCAAUAUGAUCCCCUUACAAAAACGCUCACAUUUAAAUACAAGAUAAAGGAAGACGACAGUGAGCAGUACGAGGACGUCACUGCCAAGUUGACUUUGACUUUCCUUCCCAACUAUCCGUUCUCACAUAUGGUGAUAAGUGACAGGAUAGAAUCUCUAGACAAGAAGGCCCAAGUGCACAACUCCAUCAAGAGCAUGUACAAGUAUGCCCGGACGGGCAACAUCAACGAGAUGUUCGUAAAAUUUGACAGUCUAAUGAAUGGCUACUUUGAGAAUAAGUCCCAAUGCAACAUCUGCUUUAUGAUUUUGUACGAGACGAAGACAUGUGACAAGGCUUGCUCCCAGUGCGGCACAUCCUACCACAGCUACUGUCUACACAAGUGGUUCCUGACUUCCCACAAUACCAAGUGCCCAUCGUGCCAAAUGCAAUUCACUUAG